AUGGUUUUGAAGUUGUACACGACUGUAUUGAGUCCACCGUGUCGGUCGGUGCUCAUUUGCGAACAGGCUUUGGGCUUGCAGAUUGAGCAUAUCGAGACGAACCUCUUGCAAAGAGAGCAAAUGAAACCUGAAUUAACUGAGAUAAACCCUCAACACACGAUCCCAACGUUGAUAGAUGACGACGUGGUAAUAUGGGACAGUCAUGCGAUUAUGUCGUACCUGGUGGAAAAGUACGGUUCCGAUCAGGAAUCGCUGUAUCCCAAGGAUCUAGCAGAAAGAUCGCUGGUCGACCAGCGACUGCAUUUCGAUUCCGGAUGCGUGUUCACCCUAAUCAGGCGAAUCGUGGAGGCUAUGCUGGAUAAAUCUUCGCUGUCCGCCGACGAGACUUGCAAAGCCCUGGCGCAUCGCCAUUACAAAUUUCUGGAUGACUUUCUGAUCGAUAAAGAUUGGGUUUGCGGUGACUCUAUUACGAUCGCGGAUUUCAGUUUGAUCCCUUCGAUUACAGCGCUGGAUGCGUUGGUGCCGAUGGGCGACGGCUACGGAAACAUCACCUCUUGGCUGCAGAAAUUCGACGAGCUCAGUUACAGCGAUAUUAAUAAAAACGGCUUGGAGGAGUUCAAGCGGUUCAUGCAGAUCGUCUUAUCUUGAUACAAUGAACACAUUGCGACGCAAUUCUGGAAUAGUUUAAUUGAGAAAAUCACCAUCAAUUGAUUUUUUUUUAUCUAUUAUAU